GAGCGAUCGGCCAACAGAUCAGAAAAGGCGUUGGGUCUGCACGCCUUUGCCGCAUGCUUUGUUGACGCAGACUACACUGGUAAACAUGCCGGACGUCGCUAGAAAACAAAGCAACGACGUAGAUUUCGAAUGGAUCGGCGAUUUUGUUGUGGAAAACCGCAGAAGCAAGAACAAGUCGUACAGCAAAUUCAAGCUUUCGGGAAGAACGUACGCCGUCGGCGACUACGUUUUGAUCCGCGAUGACGACAGUAUGGACCCCGAAGCACUUCGCAACUGCUACGUUGGUCGGAUCAAGAGCGCCUUCGACACGGGCGAAACGAAUGGAGACCACCGCUUUGUCACAGUGGCCUGGUACAUCCGAGCUGUCGAACUUCCACCUUUGCACCAGGCCAAGAUAGUUGACGUCGACUAUUUCCGUGAAGUGUUACUCGACGAACGCAAGCUCUGGUCCGUCACUGUCGAUGCCGAGACAAUCUUCGGCAAGUGCUCUGUACUGACAGUGCCUGCUAAUGUGUCAUCCAAGGCUGUCUUUGAGAUGGUUGAUGGUGAAGGGAACCCACUCUUCUUCUGCCGGUGGAAGUUUGAUGGUCGUGGCAUGUCCCCUGUAAUCACACCUCCGUCACCAUCCUCCAGCAAGAAGCAAUCAUCAAAAAGUGGCACGCCGAAAUUGUUGCAGCAGCAAUACCUGAACAAAAAGAAACAUCAUAGUGUCUCAACACCAGUCCGCAAGCAGGUGCAGUCGAGAGGGGCAUCCUUGUCACCUCGGCAACGAGAUGGAGUGUCAGUCACUCUCGAGGGUGGGCUGACAGACUUUCCAAGCCCAGUCAAGUCACAGUCAUCCCCGCACAAGGUGCUUCUGGUCUCCCCAAUCAAGAUGCGCAGAGAGUCUGAGACUUGGAACUGCCUCCAGAAGUCAACUCCUCCACCACAGAACCAUGCGAAGCACAAAAUCACUGACAAGACGGAUCUGCCUAAGGCAAGCACUUACGCAUCACCAGUGAGACACCGCAACCGUGAUAUCGGGCUUUUGCAUGAUGACGUGUUUGCAACACCACCACGUAGCGCUGACGUUCAAGUUGUAAUGCGGCAUCGUAAGUGCCACACGGAACCCGGGAGGGCAGCGUCCCGCAGCAAGAGCGCAUCAUCAUCGUCACAGCGGCAGCACCACGAACCCAAGUUCUCGCGGUCGGGACGCUUGCUGAAGAAUUCGCGACACUUCGACUCGGAUGACGACUGUUCAAGUGAGUUGCCAAGGCAGACAACACCCCGGAGCAGACGUAAGCUCGACAUGAACGUAGCAUCCGGGCAAGUGACUGCUGUAACCGGCAAGAAGGUGCAUUCUGACAUCCAUGAUGACAAAGCCGCUCCAGAGAAAUUUCCUGCACUGAAAGACAGCAAUGCUGCAGUCGUCGCUGAAAAAAGGAGGAGCCGGUCAUCUCGAAGGUCCCAGAAGAACACACUGCAGCUGUGUGCCAAAGCAACCAGGACGCCACGUAGCAAAAGCCGUGGCGUGGCCUUUUCAGAAGUACUUGACAAGGCGCCGAAAGUUGGGUCAUGCGCAUCCCCAGUAUCGAGAAACGCGAGAAAGGCGCAGUCCAUGGUGGAUGACUCUCACGAGACAAUGCCAUCCCGCAACAAGAUGGCCGACCACUUGCAGAAGCCUCGGGCUGUGAAGUGCCACACAGAACCGAGGAGAGGUGCAGGUGCUAGCGCCCUCACUCCCAACAGGCCUGCAUCGACGAGGUCUGGCCGCAAAGUGAGGAGUGUGCGCUACACCGAAAUCUCCUACUCUGAUGAUGACGACGUGUUCACAAGUGAGACGGAGCGGAAGCAGACUCCACGGAGCAGACGGAAACUUGACCUUGGUGUGAAGCCGAGAAAGUUGCAGCUCAACAAGGGAGAGGAAUGCGACACAAGUGAUGACGAGGACCCCAACUUUGAUGAAGUCUUCGCAAGCUCCUCUUCAUCCAGUGAUGAAGAGGAUGAUGACUUUGAGACACCAAAGAAGCAACACAAAAAGCUGCCCUCAAUGCGAACUCCACGCACCUCUGUGAAGAAGUCACUUACCGGGACUCCACAGACUCCGCGAACACCACGAACCCCAAGGCUGUCAACAUUGUGCCUCACUCCGUCUAUUCCAAGGAGGAGCCAAGCCAUUGAGGGACCGCAGACGCCACUCGACAUAGCCAAGUCACGACUACAUGUGUCUGCUGUGCCAACCUGUCUUCCGUGCCGAGAGCAGGAGUUUGCGGACAUCUACUCAUUCAUUGAGGGCAAGCUGCAAGAUGGUACAGGAGGGUGCAUGUACAUUUCGGGUGUGCCUGGCACGGGCAAGACUGCUACCGUUCAUGACGUCCUCAGAGUGCUGCAAGAGUCUGUUGACGGUGGCUACACUCAAUCCUUCAAGUUCGUUGAGGUCAAUGGCAUGAAGCUCACCAACCCCGCACAGUGUUACAGUCACAUCCUCAGGGCCUUGACCGGAGAGAAUGCAUCACCAGAACAGGCGGCAGAGCUGCUGAGUCGUCGCUUUGAGCAACCUGGUCCCCGGCACGAUCCGGUCGUCCUUCUUAUCGAUGAGCUCGACCUGCUGUGGACACGCAAGCAGCAAGUCCUCUACAACUUGUUCGACUGGCCCACCAAGCCUAGAUCCAGGCUCAUCGUGCUGACCAUUGCCAACACAAUGGAUUUGCCCGAAAGGCUCAUGUCGAACCGCGUCUCAAGCCGACUGGGAUUGACCAGGAUGACCUUUCACCCUUACAACCACAAGCAGCUGCAAGAGAUUGUGUUGUCCCGAAUGCAAGGCUUAGAAGCCUUCGAUCCUGAUGCUGUACAGCUUGUUGCAAGGAAGGUGGCAGCAGUGUCUGGAGAUGCACGUCGUGCGCUUGACGUCUGCCGUCGUGCUGCCGAAAUCGCGGAGCAUUCUUUACACGAAAGUCCCAAGAAAACAUCGCGGCAUGUCGUUGGUAUGACCUGCGUUGACCGUGCCAUUCAAGAGAUGUUCUCUUCGCCCAAGAUCCUUGCCAUGCGAUGCCUCUCGCAACAGGAACAGAUCUUCAUGCGCGCAGUGGUUGCCGAAUUUCGUCGGACAGGCGUCGAGGAGACAACCUUUUCCAAGGUCUACAACCAGCAUAUCACCAUCUGCAGGCUUGAAGGAGUAAAGCCGCCAACCUUUUCGGAGGUUUCGAGCAUCAGCUCUCGUCUGUCAAGCUGCCGACUGCUACUGUCAGAGCUCGGAACAAACGAUCUCUUCCACAAGAUCCAGUUGAAUGUCAGCGUUGAUGACGUCAACUAUGCACUCAAGGAGACGUAGCUCGACAUUCCAUUUAAUUUUUAUUCGUCUGUAAUUGCCACCUUGUUGAGAAUGGCGUCGUGUGGUAGUCUUCAGUUGUUGCAGUGGGACCUCUGUCAUUUAGCUCCCAGAGAAUCUCUGAAACAGUCUUGUUCUGCAUGCAGGUUCACUUGACUGAAAUAUCUGCAAGAUGAGUACGUGUACAUUUCCUCUAUUCCAUAAUCUAUGACAUAUUGUACAUAGCACCACUCUGCUUGAUGUGAUAAAACUUAAGUUUGCAUUAUAGGGCAAGCUCACCCUUAAUGUGUUACGCAGAACGCUAGCUCAAUGGCAGAUUAGUUUGAGUGAAUAGUCAAAACAUGCAGACUGCUUUGUGCAGAUGACUGGGUCAUGUGAAAUGCCAUUGACUUUUUAAACACAGCUACACUGUUUUUUGUAGUUGGAUAACAUAGGGCCAUGGAAGUGAGGAAGAUUCCUAAAUGACAUCAACUUUAUUCAAGUGAAGGCAGCUUUAAGAUGAUGGACUGGGUGUAUAAGUGGAAUCUUGAUAAACGGAACUGCUGCUUAAACGAAACACCAUCCUCAUGGUUGGUCGGUUUUGUAGUCAUGCAACGCUCUCUGAAAUGUGUCUCAGUAAAUGAAAUUCCUGAUAAACAGAACCAAUUUCCCUGGUUCCUUGAAGUUCCGUUUAAAGAGAAUCCGCUGUAUAGUUAGCACUCUAAUCAUGCCAAGUCAAACUGAUGAAACUUAACCUUUGUUGCUGUUACUCUUUUCCUAUUGACGAUUCACUGUUUUGAGCUGUGUAUGACAAUGCAAAUACUUUUGUGCUAGUGUGGUUGCAUUAGCCUCAAGUUAUACUUUUUAUUGCACUGGGAAUUUUUAAUUUCUUUUUUCUUGAAGAAAAUGGUAGCCAUUUUAAAAGGAAGCUUCAUCUUAAGCUCAACUCUGCUUUGUAAUUUGAAUGCAGUUUGCCGAAUUUAGAAACUGAAGCCUUUUUCUGUAUAUUCUAUGCCAAGAGUCGCAAUAUUUUGAAUAUUUAAAAACUGCGUACUUAUGCUCUGCAACCAAUGUAAGAUUAGAUUAAGAAGUUUCAUAAAUUAUAUCCAUUUGAAUGUUUUAGGUGGGCAAAAUUUCUAAAAUUAAAUUUUCCAGGAAACUGUUGCAUUUUAAUAAAGUGGCUUAAAGUCUCGCAUUUAAGGGGGGGGGGGGGGGAAUUGGCAUGUCAUUAAGCCAGGUAUAAAAUGUUAUUCAAGUUAUGGAUGCAAAUGUGAGAGCAUUUGUUGUUUCUCAAUUAUUUUAGAUAAUGGAACCCAUAUUUGGGUUUGAAACAAGUCACCUUCUGAGGAGGACAGAUGCAAACAAGUCCCGCAAAGUUGUGCAACUGUUCUUGACAAGGCAGUUAGUGUUGUAAAAGGAGUUGUUUUGCAAGCGAGGAUGUUUAUGCUAUUGUUGUUUAGCAGCCUUUUACAUUUUGCUGUCAUUGACAUUCAAUCACUGUUGAGCUUAGAGUUAUUUGUGGCUUCUUGUUUUAUUUGCAGUUAGUCUUGAGAUAUUUCUUUAGUCUGUUUAUAGAAGUGCCUGCUAUUUUUUGGCAAAAACUGUUUGGUGGAAGACAUUUCAUAGAAAUGCUUUUGGACACUUUUUGAUGAAACCUGUUCGGAGAAGACGUUUUUAGAAACUUUUUGAAAUGUUCUUUUUCCCUCUUUAUGACAAAACCUUUUUGCUGAAUACAUUUUUAGAAAAGUUCUUGCAGUGUAUUUAUGCUUUUGGUGAGGCCCAUUGUUCUAGCUUUAAUGGCAUUCCACUAAGAUGUUCACUAUAGUUUUACUGCUGCUCUUUUAACUUUGUAUACAGGACAUGUUUUCAAGGCAGUAGAAUCAGUUGGUCUAUGAACUUUUUUAGUUAGCAUAGGUUAUAUGGUUUUCAAAGUGUGUGUGUGUAUGUGUGUGUGUGUGAGAGAGAGAGACAACAUUGAAGCUUAAAAGAAGCUCAUUUGCUUCAUAACCUUUUCAACAAGCCGUUUUUGUUUUGCUGUGUUGUGAUCACUUUGCAUGCGUUAUUCAAUGCUAAUGCCGUCAUGUUUUGUCACAGCCCAAAUGAACAUAGAAUGGCUGCAAUUCUCAUGAAAAGGUGAGCUAUUCACUGCCAUGUGCCGUUUUGAGACUCCUGAAGUUGUCGCAUGUAAUAUCUAGAGAACACUUCUAGUCCAAACUUGCAACUCUCAACAAGAUUUGUGAUGCUGCCAUGAAUUUCCAAAGCUCAGCAUUGCUAUCCAGACAGUGCUUGACUUGGGUGUUGUUCCUGAAUAAAUCAGUGCAAACAGAA